CCAUUAUAUUUUCUUUGCCCUUUCCCUUAAUCUUGCUACCUCUCUUUUCCCUAAUUUUUAAAAAUGGAAUAUCAGCCUUUGACAAGUUCAGACAUCACUGAAAGUAUAGACUUCAAAGAAGUUAUGGCUACACAUGAUCCAAUAAGCAAAGAUUUUAAAGCAAGUCAUAUCCUCUACUUUGUGAAGAAGAUUAUUUUUCUUAUCAUGAUGGGUGGAAAAGCCAUUUAUGAAGAUGAGGACUCUGAUGAUAAUGUGGAUGAAUCCAACCACAAGGUGGUGCCUGAUGAGAUUGAACUCAAAGACAUAGAACAUUGGUAUCAAAUAAAGCUGCUUUCAUCUGAGAUAGCACUGAAGUGUUCAGAAAAUACAGAUGAUCCACACUCAACUAUAAUGCAUUUUUUGAAAAUGUUGUGCGCAUAUCCAUGGGAAGCCAAGAUUUUGAUGAUGUUGGCGGCUUUCUCCCUCAACUUUGGAGAAUUAAGCCAUCUCCAAUCUCACAAGGGACUGCCCCACAAACUGGCAAAUCUCAAGGGAAUUAGUAACACUCCAUUAUUGACUUUGGCACCCUCCCAUAUCCAACAAUCCAUUUUCCUUUUUAUCAAAUCACUCUUACAUCUUACUAACACUAUUGUUGAACUUGCACAAUCAUCUUCUUUUAACUCAUCGCCAAUCAUACCAAUUACUUCUUAUUGGAUCCUUAUAAGUAUCCUAAAUCUUGCAUCCUAUUUCGGUCACUUCCCGGGUGGUGAUUCAGAGUGGCUUAAUGCCGAAGGAGAAAAGUUAUCCAGUUUAACAACCACUAUCAAUUACUUAUUCUCAGCUUAUUGCCACCCAAUGCUAGAAAUGAAGAGAGAAGAGGAUUCUUACAACGCAUUGUGGUGUGCAUUCUCUGAUGAAAAUCUGAUCCAUCGUACUAAUUUGGAUGUUCUUAAAUUAAUAUUUAAUGUUAAGGAUGUUGACAAAGAGGAACCUUUAUAUGAUUCCAUGCAAGAUCAAACGGCAGGAUUACGUUCAUUAGAGAAUAAAAAAUUGGUGUUAUUUAUAACGUCAGACCUUGAAAUUGAGACUUCCAUGCUCAUUGCAAGUGCUUAUUUGUACUUCUCAGCUCAAUUAUGGAUCCCAAUAGUGGAUUAUCCCACUUUACGGUGGGAUACUGAAACUCUGAACCACAAUUAUAGAGUUUUAGCAAAGGAAGUAGUAGAAAUUUGUGGAGUGAAAAAUCUAGAAAAAUUCAUAGCACCGGGAUUUGCAAGAUUUGUAAAAAAGAAAUUCUUCCCAAUAUUUCAAAUAGGGGGUGGGCCUAUUGCUGUUUUACUGGAUCAAUAUGGAAGGAUUGUUCACUGUACUGCAACAAACAUGAUAGUAAAGAAAGUUAUAGAUUUUGCUUUGAAGGGCGGUCCUUCAAUUAGGAACAAGGAUAGCAUAAUUCCUUUUUUCAAGAAUGCGUUGAUGGAGACGACUUCAUCUGUUAGACAUUUAGUGUUUAACAUUGAUGAGAGGAUAAGUGAUUUUACUAACCAAAUGGAUAGUAAAUUGGAUGAAUGGUUUCUAGACAUUCAUAGUGAAAUACAAAAUUCGCUUGAAAGCCUUCUGUUCAAAGAUGUAAAGGAAGAAGACGGUUGGAAGGAAAAAUCUUGGUGCACUAAGCUUCUGAUAGGAAAAAACCUCAUCCCUCCGGCAGAGGAAUGGGUUAAUGCGAAUGAGCAUAUUUUUUUUAUUGGAGGGAAUGCCAUAAAUUGGGUUAAAACAUUUGCAUCCAAGAUAUUGAGAGAAGUUCAACCACAAGGGACAAUUAAUAUGGUCUAUGUCGGUAGCAGCAAUAAAGUAGCAUCACUGAUUCGACGAGAUAUGAUUUGUGAGACAUUUGAAAAUAUUAUGAAAGAAUCGGAGUUUUGGAUAAAUCUUCAAAGCAUAUUUUUGUCAAGGAUCAAAUUCUUAGAUGAUGCUUGUCGUGAUGAAAAGAGUGACGAAAUUGUCAAAGGACUAAAAUUGUUGCUAGCAUAUGAAGCUGAACAAAUAGGAGUUGUUGGAUGGGCUUUGUUAUGUAAAGGGAACAAGAUAGUUGUAUAUGACCUAGGAGAUAAAAUGUUGGCGGUCAUGAAUGAAUACGCGAAAUGGAAGGAAAGUGCAAUGGUCAAAGGCUUUGACCAAGCAUUCAAAGAUCAUCAUAAUGAGAUGUUUGCAGGCUCCACUUCCACUUCACAACAUCACCCUUGUGCUCUUGAAUGUCCAUCUAAUUCUAACAAAGUCCCAGAGAAUAUAAAAUGUCCUCAAUGUUGUCAUAAUAUGCAAAAAUUUGUCACUUUUAGGUGCUAUAAUGACCAUUUAUUUAAAGAAUUUGUUGAUGCGCCUGAGGAUGAGGAUGCCCUUGGUUGAUAUCAAAACACAUUGUAUUUGCAUUUGUAUCUAAAGGUUACAUUUUUGCUUGUAAUUUAAAUUUUUUACCUACUGUAUUUGCAUUUGUAUCAAAACUAGUAUUGGUAUUCCUCCCAUUAGCUUAAUUCUUAAUUGACAUAAUUUUUUCC